UCUGGAAGUGACCGGUUUGUGUGCGCCUCCCUGAAACUCAGACUCUAAACACCCAAAACAAGUUUGGAUUAGAUUUACUGUCUGCGCCUCUUAAAGGACAGAUAUGGAUAUAUUAUUUAUAUUUUCAAUCAGUCAGACCGAUCUGAAGUUGUCAAAUCUAUCGUGAAGACGAGAAAAACUAAGCGGAUUUUCAGCGGCAUGCAGUGGAAAUAAGCAGCCGGGUGGUAGUCGGAGCGUCGAGGCGGCAUCGCUCUGAAAUCCAUCCCGCGGUCUGAGGCCUAAACUCUGGCAGCUGAUACAUGUUUGUGUUGAUCCGUUGAAAUGAGGAGAGAAGAUACUGAACCGAGUCAGGACGGUUUUGCUGCAAAUCGUUUGAGACAGGCCCCACUCCAGCCCUGAAUCCCAGCAUGACGGAGGUCCAGGCCACGGUGGAGUUCUCUGUGGAGCUCCACAAGUUUUACAAUGUGGAUCUCUUCCAAAGAGGGUUUUAUCAGAUCCGAGCCAGUAUGAAAGUGCUGCCACGGGUCCCACAGAGGAUGGAAGCUAGUCUGCUGCAUCCCACAGGUUCAGAUCUGGCUUUCCCAGCGUCAGUUCAAGAUGAUGUGAUCUGCAGCAAAACCUUUCAGAUCCUUUACAAAAACGAGGAGAUUGUGGUCAACGAUGCCCUCGUAUUCAAAGUGAUGAUGCUGCUAGACGCAAAUAAGGUGGAGGAGUCCUUAAAUGAAAUGGACUUUCAGCUGUCUUUGGACCUGUUCUUCACUGAUGGUGACUUUUCGACUGAGGACCCCAGUUCUCUCCAGAGCAUUAGCAGUCGAACACUACGUUUGCACUUUAGCCUCCACGGAGGCAUCCACCAGCACGUCAACGUCAUGUUUGACUACUUCCAUCUGUCUGUCAUCUCUGCCACUAUCCACGCCUCGCUGGUGGCGCUGCAUCAACCUCUAAUCAGUUUUCCACGGUCUGUGAAAAGCACCUGGCUGAACCGUAAUGCUCCGACACAGACCAAAGACUCUCUCAUCCCCACACUGGAGUCUGUGGUGUUCGGCAGCAGCUACGUCAAACAGCUGUCCCCAGAUGGAAAAACCUUCCUGGUAUCGGAUCAGUGCCUACAGCAUGCCAUCAGCCUGCACCAGACCAUGUGUGCCAGCCUCCUGCGGGCAUAUCAGGGCCUGUUCUGCUACUUAACCACCUUAACCAAGAACCUGCCCUCCUCUCAACUUAUGGAGCUAGCCAAGCCCAGAAUGCAGGUCCUUUAUGAACGAGUUCUCAGAAGACCUUACCCUCCAGGCCAGAGGCACGUCUACAUAGAAGAACUUGAUGUGGAGGCACGACUUAAUGAGCUUUGUGAACAAGUCAAGCAGAGGGAAGAGAGCCCAGAUGAGCUGGCUGAACUGGUGAACAUGAACUUGGCACAGCUGUGCUCUCUCCUCAUGGCACUGUGGGGGAAUUUCCUGGAAAUGGUGUCGCUUAAUGAGCGUGUCUCUGCACUGCUGGCCCAGGAGCACCACACACUGCGGGUGCGAAGAUUUGCCGAAGCUUUCUUUUGUCUUGAACACCCCAGACAGAGCGCACUGGCCUACCAGGAACAGCAUGCUCACAGUCACCAACAGAUGACCACAGCUAUCAAAAACUCUUCUUAUUUCCUGUCCUUACCACCUCUUCCUGUUGAAUGUGCUGACCUUGAUGGGGAUGUGAACUCCCUUCCAAUCAUCUUUGAGGAUCGAUAUCUAGAGUCCAUUACUGAAGAUUGUGAUGGUCCAUGGCUUGGUCUCCACAAUACUAGGAGUGGCUCUGUCUCCACUAAAGUAGACAAGUCCAACUCAAAAGACUUCAUUGCUAGUGGGGAAGGAGCCCUCGGUCCAUACCCAAAUAAGCAGCUAGCUGCUCUUGCCACUGCUUGGCCUGAACAAAAUGAGCCUCCCCUCAAAUCCAAAGCCAAAUCCAUUAAACUAAGGAAGAAUUCCAAGACCGAAAAUCCCAAGAAGCUGACCAGGCAGGGCUCUAAAGACUCUGUGGUCCUCACAGGCUUCAAGAACUUGAAGGUUCCUCAAAGCGAACCAACCACCAAGUCCAAAGAGGUUGACACUCAAUGCAAUCAGAAAGAAGAGGUAGAUGAUGCAGGCCUAUCUGCUGACCCCAGUGGUAGACCGGGAUACAAGUGCGUGCUCCUGAAUGAAACUAUAAGCACCCAUUUUGCUCACAAUGCUAAAGACUGCACCACAAGCGACAGCUUUUCUAAUCUUUUGAGUUUGCAAGCUCAGGCGAGACCCCAGGCAGGUCCUGGAGUAGAAGCCACACAGAGCGCAGCUGUGCACAGAGUUGAUUCGACACAUCCGCCUUCUGGGCUUAGACAUAUCGACGUCAAGCCGAGUGACAAGGACCCCUACCAGGGCGACAAGGUCACCAUUCUUCUACCAUACCACACAAAUCCGACCCCCAAUAGGGAUGUUCCAGAGAUCACACAGACUGAUUUCUCUGAGUUCAAGAGUCGAGUUGGGGAUGGUGCCACCGUCAUUGGUGCUGUUGGAGGUUGUGCGGCCGCUUUGAGGAGUGACUGUGUUCCUCCCGUUUCCUCCCGUCUUUCAGACUCAGGAAUAGAGAGCGAGUCUAGCUCUGCACAACUAGUCCCAGUUUCUCCAUCUCCUUUAUCCCCUACUGGGCUUGAGCCGUCUUCUGAGCAGGUUCAACAAAAUACCCACCAGAGACCCGGUUUGCUCAGCCCUGCCUCCAGAGGAACCGCUGCAUUGGAGGCUCUCAAUCCAGAGAGCACCAGUGGUGUCAGCGGCGUACAGUCUUCCCUCACCUCCAUCAACUCGCUCCCCUCGGACGAUGAGGUGGAGACGGAGAAUGUUAGUAGGAAGUCCAGCAUCCUGGUGCAGGAACAGAGCCUAAUUUUUUCUGGAGAAUUUCAGAGCCUCCCAUUAUCCAGCUCUAGAGUAUUAGCUCAGCAAAGACCCUCCGUUGGUCACGGAGAUGGGCUGGGGUCUCACAAUGAGGACCUUGCUCUCCAGUUCCGCUAUGAAACCUUAGCUCCAGACAAGCAGACGGGAUCUGCUGAGAGCGAUCUUCCAGGUGGAGGUGGUCCAUGUAGUGAGCCACAGACUGCUGCCCAGUCUAGUACAUCAGCCACCAGCAGCACUGAUCUUGUGAAGAAAGGCUUUGUGGAGAACUACUUUGGCUCACGCUCCAGCACUGACGUUUCCGAGAUCAGCCCACUAGAGACUGCUGCCGUAACGCUGGGAAUCCAGACUUGCUCCAAUGCUAAUGAUGAAGAUGAUGAAGAGGAGCAGCAGGAACAUGAGAUGAUUGAGAACGGUUACUAUGAGGAGACAGAUGGGCCUGUUUAUGUUAAUGGACUUCCAGGGGAAGAAGAGAGUUGUGGGGAUGGGGGAGCAGAGGGGAGGAGCCUUUUUUAUGAAAACUUGGGAUUGGAACAGCUUCAGAAAACAUACAUUGCCUCUGCCGGCCUGCAGACACGGCCUGCUGGACCAGCACCGACCAGCAAUGAUGUGAUCUGGUACAAGAGCGCCCCCACUGCUCAGAUGAAAGUGUUUGUGCAAGCAAAAGAGGAGUUGAAGCAACUGAAGUUGCCAGGCUUCAUGUACAGUGAGGUGACAGAUUUGGCAUCCACUGUACCUUAUUUCAGUAUGGAUGAGGAUGAAAGCUGUGAUGAGGGCAUACACCUCAUUGUAUGUGUACACGGCCUAGAUGGUAAUAGUGCAGAUCUGCGGCUGGUGAAGACUUAUCUGGAGCUCGGUUUACCUGGGGCACGCAUAGACUUUCUAAUGUCAGAGCGCAACCAGAAUGACACAUUUGCAGAUUUUGAGUCGAUGACUGACAGACUUUUGGAUGAAAUAGUGCAGUACAUACAACUCUACAAUCUAACAGUUUCCAAGAUAAGUUUUGUGGGUCAUUCUCUGGGAAAUCUGAUUGUGCGCUCAGUGUUGACGAGGCCCAGGUUUAAGUGUUAUCUCAGCAGACUGCACACGUUUCUGUCUCUGUCUGGACCCCAUCUUGGCACGCUGUACAACAGCUCAGCCCUCGUCAAUACUGGGUUGUGGUUUAUGCAGAAGUGGAAAAAAUCUGGCUCUCUCCUGCAGCUGACCUGUCGAGACCACUCGGACCCACGCCAGACUUUCCUCUAUAAGCUGAGCAAGAAAGCAGGUCUUCAGUUCUUUAAGAAUGUGGUGCUGGUGGGAUCUCUGCAGGAUCGAUAUGUGCCCUAUCACUCUGCUCGAAUUGAGAUGUGCAAAACAGCCUUAAAAGACAAACAGACUGGCCCAGUGUAUGCUGAGAUGAUUGAGAAUCUUCUACUCCCUGUGCUUCAGAACAAAGACUGUAACUUGGUGCGUUACGACGUCAUCCAUGCGCUGCCCAACACCGCCAACUCUCUAAUUGGCCGGGCAGCCCACAUCGCUGUCCUGGACUCUGAGAUUUUCCUGGAAAAGUUCUUCCUGGUGGCAGGACUCAAGUUUUUUCAGUAGCCUGCUAGAUCAGAAGAAUCCGGAGCGAAUACCUCACUGCAAAUGGAUUUUUGCCAAGUGUUUUUCUGAUUUAUUUUUUAAGUAUGCUCUUGGAGGUAAAGAAAAAUAUAUCAGUAUUAUUUUUUUUAUGAUUUUGUUUCUAUUUAGUCUGUUGUAAAUGGGGAAUUUAUCAUUUUUAUUUUUCUACUACCAUUCUUUUUUUUUAAGGUCAAUUUUAAUGUUUUAUUCAUUAUUAAGAAUAUCAAGCCUCCUUGUGGUAUUUUUUUCCAGUGUUAUUUAUGUAUGAAAUUAAUUUUUACCAUUUUUGUUUUAACAGUUCAUUCUAGUAAACUCUCUUAUGCUGAACUGGAAAUGUAGCUGCUAAAAAAAAAAAGAAUGAAAUAUUUAUUGGGGGUGGAGAUCCAGGUCUUCAUGGUGAAAGCAUGUUCACUUGAACAUUCUGGUAUCUACAGCUGGCUUGCAUACAUUUUUCUAUCAAGAAAUUGCCAUUUGACUACACAUUUUUUUACUACAAUCCUUUUUUUAUUGCAAUGUCAAAGGCUUCCUGAACAUGGACGAACAUGUGAUUGUAGCUGAAACGAAGCAGCCUUGGACCGUUUGUUGGUUUUAUAUGAUGUCUCUGGUGCCCAUUGCAUUAUCAUACACAAUCUUAACCCAGCCUGGAGUUGGGCAGAGAACACAGCUUGGCAUGUUAGCAUUUUAAUUUUAUUAAAGGGGAUACAGGUAACUAAUUAACUGGGGAUGGGUGUGGGCUAGACGGUUAGUCAGUUUAUACAGCACAACAAAAUCUGAUCACAUGGUUUUGGGAAAGUAUUUAUGUUUGGUUUCCUAUGGAGGACUUCAGUAACAGUUGUGUGCGAAAACAAUUUAAAUAAAACAUUGAAUUUAGCUUGUUUUUGUUAAAAUGGUUUUGUAUCAUGGACUCCACAUUUAAUUAAAUGUAUUCGCAAUAAAUACAUUUGUGUCAUGUUUAAUAAAAAUAAAAAAAUCUUGUGGAUAAAGGCUA